AUGGACAGUCCGACACUGCCCCGAGUCUCAUCGACGCUCUCAUCGGACUCUGUUGCAGAUUUCUUCCCCUUCGACUCGGAAAUUUUUGAAGAAACUAGCCCAAAUAACGUGAACAAAGUAAACAAGAAUGUGGAUAAAAAAGAUAACAAUGAAAAGAAGAAUGGAACGCAUGGUGUGGCUGCUCUCAGAAAUUCGAAUACUGUUACUAUCUGCACACCACCUGGAAUGAUCACAGAGCUGCCAGCUAAGGCUGCGCUCGAUACUUCAGAUGCCAGCAAAUCGUUGAAUGCUCGCAUUCCACUAGUGCUUCACUCUGAACUGUCCGACAGAUUAAAGAGCUUAGAGCUAUGGCAGGAUUAG